GUCUUGUUUUGCCUCCUGCUUCCAGGCAAUUUCCGGGUCUCGUUCUAUCCUCGCCAACACCCUUUCUCCAGAGAGAUACCGCCUACUGAGUUUGUCAACACACUCGACCACGUCUGGGCCUAAGAAUCUUAAAGGCUGGACGUAUCGGUAAAUAGAGGAAUGGGAUAGAGUUGGACACCCGUCUCUCGGUCGAGGACACAGAGCAUAGGUUGGUAGCUUACCGUGAAGCUGGCAUCCACUCCCGACCAAGAUCCAUCUCCGUCAUGGACAAGCAUCAGCUCUUAGGCGCCAUGGGCGUACGCAAGUUGGAGGACCUCACGCUGAAGGAACUUGACAACAAGCUCAGGCGUGCCGGCACCCACAAUGUGCCUCGAAAGGUGGCGUUGCAGAUUCUCACGGAGUGGCUCUGCGAGUAUACCAAAAAAGACAUACAUGGUUCUUUGUCAGAUUUUGUAGACCUGCUACUCGAAGGCACGAAGCUGAAACUGAAGCCAUUCAGAGAAAUUGAGGUUGUCAGGUGUCUCAAAGAAUGGCAGCUCGGAAACCAUACGGAUUACAUGGCAAACCAACGCAGGUAUCUCAUGGUGGAAAGAGACCUGAAACGGCUAUUUGAGGAGGCCAAGCCUAGAUUGAACCCACCGAAAUCCUCUAUAAAAAAGAAGAAGGGGAAGGGUGCCAAUAUAAUCCCACUGGGGCAGCGAGGCACCGGCAGUGGUGCCGAGCCAAAAGCCACCAAAGUGGGCAAUGAGAGCAGCCGCGCUAACCGCGGCCAGGACAACGUCGACGGAAAAAGUAUCGUGCCUAUAGAGGAGGCAGAGUGUGCUGUCAUAAGGGAUCCGCCGGAGACGGAGCCGGCUCCCUCGCUCGGAAAUGUAAACAUACCACCCAAGGGAUAUGUUUGCCGCAUCUGCAAUCAACCAGGCAAGCCUUCCGAGCGAGUCGAUGAAUAGCCUGCUCACUGACCUGCAACAUAUAGGACACUAUAUCCAGCAUUGCCUUAGCCGAUGUCGACGAGGCGAGAAUCGUGUCUCGAGCCCCAUCGCAUAUUCCCGCAAGGGGGCCGCUGAAGCCUGUGGGCCGAACGAGACCCUGAGAAAUUCACCUCUCCUAGACUACGGUGCUCCCUUACUGCAGCCUGUUGUAACACAGCUGAGUCUUGCCUACGGACUGGA